AUGGAGAAGGAAUGGAGGUUGAGAGAAGAAAAACGUGAACAAGAGAUGAAUGUUAUGAAGGAUGCCAUCUCCGAGGCAGUAAAAAGUGUUCAAUCUUCGAGGAAGAUAACAGGACUUGAGUAUGAGGACCUUUGCAUGCACCCUGACUUGGAAAUACCCGAAGGUUACAAAAUUCCAAAAUUUGAAACCAUCAAUGGUAUUGGCAAUCCCAUGGCUCACCUACGAGCUUAUUGUGACAAACUCGUGCGUAUCGGGAAAAAUGAUGCAUUAAUUAUGAGGUUGUUUAGUAGAAGCCUCAGUGGGGAGGCGUUAGAAUGGUUCACAUCUCAAGAACUCCGUCAGUGGUCUACAUGGGGGGCUCUGGCCAAAGAUUUUUUAGAAAGAUUCCAGUUUAAUGUCGAAGCUGUCCCUGACAGAUAUUAUUUGGAAAAAAUACAGCAAAAGACCACGGAGGACUAUCGUGAAUAUGCGUGCCGCUGGAGGAAAGAAGUUGCAAAGGUACAACCUGUGAUGACUGAAAGCGAAAUAACCUCUGCCUUUAUUCGAGCUCAGGAGCCCGAGUAUUAUGAAAGGAUGUUGCCCAUGAUGGGACAGAAGUUUUCGGAGCUGAUCAGAAUGGGAGAAGCCAUAGAGGAUGGCCUCAGGUCUGGAAAGGUUACAAGUCUCAAUGCCUUGCAGGCCGCCAACAAAUCCUCACCAUCCAUGACCACGGGAUUCACUAGGAAAAAGAAAGAGGACGUGUCUGCUGUAUCUUUUAGCCCGAGGCCAAGGCCGCAAAGGUAUUUUGGGUCUGGUCCUGCCAUUGGAAACUCUAACCGAUUCCCCACCCCAAAUAUUUACCCGCCAUCUCCACAAGCGCCAAUCCCAAUCUACUAUGCACAACAGAACUACCAAGCACCACCGCCCAUCUACCAAAAUCAACCACUAACCUACCAAAAUACAAAUCACCAAGCCAAUGCACCAGUCUACCAAAAUCCCGGACAAAACAACCCAAAUGCCAACAAUCUACCCCGCCCUAACCUCGAAAGAAAGCCUCCCAGAGUUUUCACUCCCUUGGCAGAAACAUGUACCCAACUCUUUGAGCGUCUAAAAGCGGCGGGAUUGAUCCAACCAGUAGAUGCAAGGACAAUUAAUCCCAUAACAAAGUUCUUCCGAGCAGAUCAACGUUGUGCGUACCAUUCUGGAGGGGCAGGACAUGAUACAGAAGGAUGUAUCAAUCUGAAACAUAAGAUUCAAGACUUGAUCGAUAACAGGGUCAUCACUCUCUAA